GCGCCGGCGAGACAGCGGGAGGUGUGAGGCCGACGUGCGGCCGCCAAUGAGAGCCCGGCUUACACGCCGCCAGUGUCUGUGCCUGCCCCAGAGCUGCGCUGCCCGGGAUCGGCUCGGACUCUGAGCUUUACCCGGAGUGGAUCUAUCGGUGCUGCGACUCCGUAUUCCGCCUCAGCCGGACCGCCCCGCACGGAUUAGGGGCUCGGACGCUUCUCGGGUUUCUCUGUAGGACUGCGACGGACUGGAUCUGUCUCUGUUUCCCGGGACUGUGGCUGUGCGUCUGCCGCCUGCGAUUUUUUACUCUCUGGCCAGGGAUCGUCGCUCACACAUGACCGAUGCCUCCUGAGAGUUGCAACUCCCUGGGUAUGGGGGGAGCAGUGGUCUGCGGUGCUUAACACCCCUCAGCCCCCCACAAACUCCUCUCUACUCCUCCCCAUUAUCCUGAACCCACCCCAAAAACCUGUGCACCCCCCUUACAUCCCUGCCCCCUCUAUCGGCUCCCGGAUUUGGGAUCUGUCCCCCCCACAGCUGGACCCCAACAUGCAGCCCAUAACGGGCAGGAGCACCUUCUUGCUGGGAAUUCUCUUCCAUUUGGGGAUGGGGCUCCCCCAGCAGCCCCUGUGCCCCCCCAGCUGCACCUGUACUGGGGACCUGCUGGACUGCAGCAACCUGGGCCUGACAGCGCCCCCCUCCGACCUACCCGCCUGGACAGUACACCUAAACCUGAGCUCCAACAAACUGAAGGAGAUCGAUCCGGCCGCCUUCGCCCAGCUUCCAGAACUCAGGGAAGUGCACCUGGGGCACAAUGAGCUGACUGGCAUCCCGCACCUUGGCACUGCCGCUCCUCAAGUGACUACCCUGUCGCUGCACCAUAACAAGAUCCGCAGCAUCGACCCCUCCCAGUUGAAACCGUACGUUGCCCUGGAAACGCUAGACUUAAGCUCCAAUGAGCUGACGGAGAUACGAAGCGGUUCGUUCCCUGCAGGACUCCGGAUUAAAGAGCUCCACCUGGGAAGCAACAAGAUCAGCAGCUUGGAGCCGGGUUCCUUUGACAGCCUGUCACGCUCGCUGCUUACACUUCGGCUGAGCAAAAACAGAAUCUCCCAGCUUCCUGUCAAAGUGUUCCGACUGCCCAGACUUACCCAACUGGAGCUGAACCGGAAUCGCAUUCGCUUGAUUGAAGGGCUGACGUUCCAAGGGCUGGAGAGUCUGGAGGUUUUAAAAUUGCAGAGGAACAACAUCAGCAAGCUAACAGAUGGCGCGUUCUGGGGCCUCUCAAGAAUGCAGAUCCUGCAUCUGGAAAAUAACAGCCUGACGGAAGUGAACAGCGGCUCCCUGUACGGACUCCUGUCCCUGCAGCAGCUCCACCUGAGCCACAACUCCAUCUCCACCAUCAGUUCCGCCGGCUGGAGCUUCUGUCAGAAACUGCAAGAGCUGGUCCUGUCCCACAACAACCUGACCCGACUGGACGAGGGCAGCCUGGCAGACUUGGGGGUGCUGGAUGUGCUUCGCCUCAGCUAUAAUUCCAUCAGCCAUAUUGCCGAGGGAGCUUUUAAGGGUCUCAAAAGUCUGCGGAUCUUGGAGCUGGACCAUAACGAGAUCUCCGGCACAAUAGAGGACACGAAUGGGGCUUUUAUAGGUCUUGAAAGUCUGAACAAGCUAACUCUGUUUGGAAACAAGAUCAAGUCGGUGGCCAAGAGAGCGUUCUCAGGGAUCGAGAGCUUGGAGCACCUAAACCUUGGGGAAAAUGCCCUCAGGUCUGUGCACAGUGAGGCGUUUGGGGAAAUGAAGAACCUCAAGGAAUUAGUCGUCGGUAGCAGCAGCUUUCUGUGUGACUGCCACCUCAAGUGGCUCCCCCAGUGGCUCACAAGUCGCAGGCUGCAGACGAAGGUUAAAGCCAGCUGCGCCCACCCGGGGUCCUUGAACAACACCAGUAUAUUCAGCGUGCCCCCCCGGAGCUUUGUGUGCGAUGAUCUGCCCAAACCUCAGAUCCGAGUUCAGCCGGAGACGACCAUGGCGGUACUGGGCAAAGCGAUCCGCUUCACGUGCUCCGCAGCCAGCAGCAGCCCCUCACCCAUGACCUUUGCGUGGAAAAAGGACAACGAGAUCCUGCACAACGCAGAGGUGGAGAACUUUGCCAGCGGCACAGAGAGAGAAGGGGAGGUGACGGAAUACACCACCAUCCUGCACUUGAGGAACUUGACUUUUGCGCAUGAAGGCCGCUAUCAGUGCAUCAUCACCAACGACUUUGGGCCUUCAUAUUCCAGCAAAGCCAGGCUGACCGUGAAUGUACUUCCAUCAUUUAUCAAAACGCCGCGAGACAGCACCAUCCGGGCUGGUACCAGAGCAAGGCUGGAAUGUGCGGCGGACGGUCACCCCACCCCUGAAAUCGCCUGGCAAAAAGAUGGCGGCACGGACUUCCCUGCAGCCCGAGAGAGGCGAAUGCACGUCAUGCCCGACGACGACGUCUUCUUUAUCAUGGACGUGAAGAUUGAGGAUAUGGGAGUGUACAGCUGCACCGCGCAGAACUCCGCCGGCUCCGUCUCCGCCAACGCCACCUUAACUGUGCUUGAGAUGCCAUUCUUGGUUCAUCCUCUCGAAGACCGCGUUGUAUCCACCGGCGCAACUUUAGCCCUGCAGUGCAAAGCCAGCGGCAGCCCACCCCCCCGGAUUACGUGGCUGAAAGGGGACGAACCUUUGGUCAUGACGGAAAGGCACCAUUAUACUCCCGGCAACCAGCUGCUCAUCAUACGGCAAGUGAUGUCGGAAGACGCCGGCAAAUACACCUGCGAGAUGUCCAACACGCUUGGGACCGAGCGCGCCUAUAGCCACGUCAGCAUUGCGUCCACGGCCGGCUGCCAAGGGGAGAAGGACAAAAUGGAAGGGAUGAUGACUUUCGGCAUUAUCACCAUCGCGGUCGUCUGCAGCAUCGUCCUGACCUCCCUGGUGUGGGUGUGCAUUAUCUACCAGACCAGGAAAAAGAGCGAAGUCUACAGCGUGACCAAUACAGAUGAAACAAUUGUCCCCCCUGAUGUCCCCAGUUACCUGUCCUCUCAAGGCCUGUGCUCCAGCGAUGGCUCAGUGAAUCCUGAGGCCGAAGCCUGCAGUGUGGCUUACAGACAGCCAAGGCUCUGCACGUGCAGCUCCGGGGAGGCUUGUAAAACAGCAGAUGGAUUAUUUGGCCCGGAAAGCACAGGUUUUGGGUUCCAGGUUGUCUGCACGGACUGCUUGGACGGCGGCGCGGGGUACAGCAGCAAGAGCGACUACUGUCCGCAGACGGUCCAAUCCGUAGACUGUUCCUAUCAGAAGCCAGCGGGCAGCCAUGACAGAUACAUGUGUAACGGGGACACGCCCACGGCGUUGAGUUAUCACCACAACGCGGCUAUGGAUGAGGGUAGCAACUUGGAAUCUGGGGGCAACAUGUAUCCUAGCAACCAUGAAAGGAUAGGCACGGCCAAAGCCCUGAAUUCUAACCUACUAGACCCGUGUGCGGAGCCAUUAAUCCGGUCGCCGGAGAGUGAAGGCUUCCGAGCAGCGCCCAGCUCCGACUGCUACCCUUACCCCGAUCCCUCGAGUGAAGACUCGGCCAAACAGACACUUCUCCCCAACGGGCACGCGCCGACGCUUAGCGGCCAGCACAGGGCGCAGACAGGAUCGAGUGCUCCAAAGUGACCACCGUCGUGCAAAACCCCCACGAUUAUACCAUUUGCACUGAAAGGAUCCGCCUACCUCAUUUCCUUAUAGGACUAAAAACGAACCAAUGAGAUGGGCUGAGGUACGAACCUACGGCUUGUGUGGGACGCGGCGCCCCCAUCUGAGCAUCACUGAGUUGUACAUACGUGAAUCUAAAGCUUCUGUUGGAAGUGUAGCUGUAUAGUUGCAUUCGCAGCGCUCAAUGCAAAGGGACUUUCUGUAUUUGAUACGUUGUAAAUAAGAGUUUUUCAUAAAGAGAUAAAUAUAUAUAUAUAUAUGUGUAAAUAUCUAAGGAUAGAUAUAAAAAUAUACUUCUAUUUUA